AUGUCAAGUCCAAAUUCAUCAUCAUUUAUACAUCCUUAUCAAUCUUCACAUGCAUUUAAGAAACUACCGAAACCUCCACCACCACCUCCACCAGAUCAAGCACCAACUCCACCAAUUCAUAAACAACAACCUAUAACUAUAAUGCACUCAUCAGACAAUAACUCAUCAUCGACUAGAUCAACUUCACCAAUAUAUAUACAUUCAUCGCAUAAACAUCUAGACCCUUCAAAUCAAAAUGACAAUCAUCACCACCACCAACACCACAAUAAUCAUCAUAUGGGAAUACGAUUAUCAGUUUCACCAGCUUCAGUUAAAUCUUCACCACAAACAGGCCAUCAAUUAUUAAAAUCAACAUCUAUGCGAGAAUCAACCUCCAAUAAUUCAAACUUAAGUAUAGAGGAUAUAAAAUGUUAUUAUAUAAAAUUAAUAAAUUAUGAAUUUAGAAAUUUACAAUUAGAUAUAGAUUUACAAUCAAAAUCAUUAUUUGAUUUAAUUGAUUAUUGUGAAUUAUUAUAUGAAAAUUCAAAUAAUGAUGGUAUAGAAAAUAAUUUAAAUAAUUUAAAAUCAUAUAUAAAAGGAUUUUUAAUUUUUAAUUAUUUUAUAAAUGGAUUUAUAAUGUUUCAUUUUGAAGGAUUUGAUUCAUUUAUUGAAUCAAAUGAACAAGAUUUUAUUAUAUAUUUAAAUAUUUUUGCAUUUUAUAAUACUGAUCAAAUUUUUAAUAAUGGUAAUUAUACAAUAAAUUCAAUUGAUAUAAGAACAUAUAUAAAAAAUUAUUUAUUUGAUAAAAAUUUAUUAAGUUUUGAUAUUGAUGAAUUAUAUGAUUGGUUGAAUCAAUAUAUAAAUUACUUAAAAGAAAAAGAUAUGUCUUAUGAUAACCAAGAUAAUGAAGAUGAUAGUGAUAAUGAAUUUAGUUUUGAAAACUAUAAUAAAUCAGAAAAUAGUGAUGAAUUGGAUGAAAUGUCAAACUUAAAAAUUGACUACACUUCAAAUUCACAAAGAAGUAAACCUCCACAUUCAAGAAAUUCAUCAAUUGGAUCAAUUGAUGGGUUUAAAAAUAGAUAUCCUUCAUUAAAUGUACCGAGAGAUUUUUCAAAAGAAAAUAAUCACAGUAUCUUGUCAUCAUCAACUUCAACAGAGCUUAAAAGGAAAGCACCACCACCAAUACCUACGUCUUUACCACCUUCACUUACAAAUAAAUCAUCCGCAUCACCAAAAAACAAUACUCAUAGUUUAUCUCCACCAAAAAAUCAUAUACCAAAACUUAGUCCGACCCCUUAUCCAGAAAAGGACAUUGUAAUAACCACAAAAUUAAAUUCGGACGGUCUUUAUUUUACAACUCCAUCUACAAAUGGUAAUCACAACAAUAAUGACCAUCAAACUUCAACUUAUAGAAGACAAACAGAACCGAUUGUUGAAUCAAACGUUUCACAUCCUCAUGAUUUGAAUGGACAUUCAUCAGAAAAUCAUUAUAAUCCAUAUCAUCAUCAACCUUUACCUCAUCCUCAUACUUAUCAAUAUAGUCCCGCACCCAAUUUUCCUCCACCACAACAACCUAAUCAUUACUAUCAAAAUAACGGUCAACCAUUCAUGUAUCCCUCACAAUAUUCACAACAUCCUCACAAUCAUCAUCUCAGUCCACAAACUUACCCUCAAUAUCAAAAUCAAAAUAAUCAUCAUCCAAUAAUUCCAAAUCAUGUAAUGAUACAACAAGAACAAAUUAAAUCCCAAAAAUUUAAUAUGUUAAAAGAUUUAUCAGUAUGUGGGUUAAGAAAUUUUGGAUCAUCAUGUUAUAUAAAUUCAACAAUACAAUUAUUAUUUGGUAUAUAUCAAUUUAAAUUAAUUUUUAAUAAGAAUUAUCAAAGAUUUGUUAAAAAUCCAAAAUUUAUUAAAAUAAUGCAAAAUUCAAAUUCUCAUAAAAAGGAUUCCAUUUUGUUAAGUGAAGCAAUUAAUGGAUUAUUAAAAACAAUGCAACAAAAUGGUGGUGUACCUAUAUCACCAACAAAAUUUAUAAGAGUUACUUCACUACUUAAACCUGAUUUUAAUAUACCUCAUGAACAACAAGAUUCUCAAGAAUUUUUAUUAUUUAUAUUAGAAAGAUUACAUGAAGAAUUAAAUGAUAAUCAUCAAAUGGAAUUUAAUCCUGAAUAUUUAAUUUCAAAAUGGGCAAUAUUAAUUGAUAUAGAAAAUGAAAAAAGUUAUAAAAAUUGGUUAAAAUCAUUAUAUGAAAAUGAAGGAUCGUCACCAAUACUGGAUUUAAUUCAAGGUCAUUUACAAAAUAAAUUAAAAUGUAAUAAAUGUCAUUAUGAAAGUAUCUCAUAUUCCCCCUUUUCAAUAUUAAGUUUACCUAUCCCCAAACAACAAUUUCCUAAUGAAAUUAUUGAUUUAAGUUCUUGUUUAAGUUAUUAUAUUCAAGAUGAAAUAUUAUCUGGUGAUAAUGCAUGGAGAUGUCCUAAAUGUCAUGGAGAAGUACCAAGUAUUGAUAAUCAUCCAGUAUUUGAAAAGAAAAAAGGGUUAUUUAAAUUGAAUAAAUCAAAAAACAAUCAAAAAAAUUCUUCAUCAUCAUCAGCACCAGCCAACAACCCAUCAAUAACAUCAACAAAAUCAAUAUCAUUUGUAAAAUUACCACAAAUUUUAUUUAUUCAUUUAUCAAGAUUUUCAAUGUAUAAUUUAACAGAUAAAUUAAAUACUGCAAUAAGAUACCCAUUAAAAUUAAUUUUCAAUAAUUUUAAAUUUAAACAUGAAAUAAAAUAUAAACUUUGUGGUAUUAUAAAUCAUUUUGGUAAUUUAAAAUCUGGUCAUUAUACAAGUAUAAUAAAUAAAUCAAAUUUAAAUGAAGAUCAAAAAAAUUUACUGAAUUUAAUUCAUCCUUUUUGGUGUUUAUUUGAUGAUGAAAAUGUUAAACCUAAUAUUAAUAAUGGUUCUUUACGUGAUGAUAAUUCCGAUGGUGGACAUUAUGAAGAAAUGAUAUCUAAAGACGUAUAUGUUUUAUGUUAUGAAAGAAUUGAUUAG